AUGAGACAAGAACAAACCGUGGCGGUGAAGAAAAUGCAGACAACUCGGAUGAUUCUUCCACCUCGUCAGCAGUUAAGGCACCCGCUGACCACCUAUCAAGGGAAACAAAAAAAACAGAAACUAGAACAGCCACGGAAAGACAAUUCUGGAAGAAGACGAAAGAGAAAAAGAAAAGCUGCCAAUAAAUCACCAUCUGGAGCAAAAACCAAAGAAAGCAUGGACAACUCGGAGGAUUCUUCCAUCUCCUCAGCAGUUAAGGUACCCCUUGCUCACCUAUCAGGGGAAAAACAAGAACACAAAUCAGAACAGCCAAGGAAAGACAAUAAUUCUGGCAGAAGAAAAAUAAAAGCUGCCAUUAAAUCACCAUCUGGAACAGAAACCAAUAAGGAGAGCCUUUGUGAUACAGAGCAACAGAUCUUACAUGAUUCAGGGGAUUCCAGCUCAUCGGCAGUAGUUGGUACUGCUACUAGCACCUCGUCAGAGACUGUUGCUGGAACAAUAAGAAAGAGAGACGGGCAAGAAACUGCUGGCAGUGAAGCUGAAGAAUCAAAGAAAAAGACUGUUGCAAGCGGCAGACAGCAAGUUGCAAUUGACACAGGAAGCUCCCUUGUCUCAACAUCAGUCACUGCCUCAUCAGUGAGCCGAUCGAGAAGGAAGAGGAGGAGGAGAAGAAGACGGAAAAAUCCUGAGAAGAAUCCAGCCAAGGAUGGGGGAGAUUCUCAGAUCCUCGAUCUUGACAGACUCCAGCCCGAGGAUCAGCACUUAGCAGGUGUCAUGGGAUUGAACCUGCAACGAGGAAAGGGAACUGCACUUGAACAACAGAGACCAAAAGGUCAGAAAACUGAGGGAAAAUACAAUCGCCAAGACAUAUUAUCAUCCGAAACACCCGAAGUGGGACAGGAAGAUUUUGGUCCAGACAGACUUAAAGCGGACAGACAUUAUGAAAUGUCACAAAAAGAACACCAAAGACAGGGACAGGAUCAUGUUCGUGAGUUAGACAUACAUCAGACAGAGAGGACCAGAAGUUUACAACUACAGACAAUGACAUCACCUGAGCAUCCAACACUGAAAUGCAAACAGGAUUAUGGUCCAGACGGACUUGUGCAAGACAAAAAGCAAGAACAAGAAGCUGUGGAACAGAGCUGUCAACAAGGUGAAAUAGUACCUGAGAAACAAGCCGUAAACCAUGAGCGGAUAAAUGAGACGGAAAGACCUCGCCCGGAGUCGGGGAUCGGAGAUCAGUGCUUCCAUCAAGAAAGAGAAGCAUCACCUGUGCAACUCGGACAUGAGCAGAGUUCUCAUCAAGUGAUAGCAAUAUGUGAGAACCAAAGAGUUGCGCAGAAGCAAGCAAGUCAUCAUGCAAACAUUCCUCGUCAAGAUACACAGAAAGUGGCAGGGGUCAAUGAACAGAGUACCCACCAACCUUUACUUAUAUCACCUGAGCAUCACAUUUCACAAGCACAGACGAUGGCAUCACUUGAGGAUACAGUACUAAGCAGCAAGCGGGAUGAUGGUGCAGACAGACUUCUGCAAGACAAAAAGCAAGAACAACAUUCUGUGGAACAGAGCUGUCAACAUGGUAUAACUGUAAGCCUACCUGAGAAACAAUCUAUAGGGUACGAGCUGAUUAAGGAGACUGAAAGACCUCAGCCGGAGUCAGGAAUCAGAGAAAACGUCUUUCAACAAGUAGGAAGAGCAUCGUCUGAGCAACUCGGACAUGAGCAGAGUUCUCAACGAGGGAUAGCAACCCGUGAGAACCAGGGAGUUAAGCAAGCCAGUCAUCAUGCACACAAUCCUCAUCAAGAUAAACAGAGAGUGGCAGGAGUCAGCAAAGAGAACACCCAACAAAGUACGUCGCCUGAGCGUCUGAGAAUGAGGCAGGAGCGCGAUGAUGAUCUUUCCGGGCCUGAUCCAGAAAUACAGUCAGAACUUGAAACAGGAGACCAGAAGCAGAGCUCUAUUAAGGAAAAGAUGAUAUCUGUGCAAGGAAAACCUCAAGCUGAACAACUUCACCAAGAGAGAUUGUCAACAGAGCUGAUGCAAGCAGUUCGAGCUCUAGUACCCUCGGCGCUCCAACCAGCAAUGCAGCAUCCAUCUACUCCGUGUACUCGCCAUUCGUCCCAUUCCAUUCAACCUACUCUUGAAGCUGUGGGAGACGCUGGCAGCUGUAACCCUGUCUUUUUCGGUACAACUACAGGGAACGUUUUCAAUUACGAAUUCAAACAGUAUGUGACAGUUCAUCAUCAGGGAGUUACGUCAGGGAAAGUACACAGAAGAGGCAAGACUAAGAACAAUUCGGGCAAGAGAAGGAAAGGCCGAAAUGUUGCCAAGAAAUCCUCAUCCAAAGAAGAAGCCAUCGAUAAAACAAGCAAAGGAGGAAUGGGAAAUGAUCAGCACCGUAUACCACACAUCCAACCUGAGGUAAGCGGCCCAUCAGUACAAAUAAGUCAAGAUACCAGUCCAGCCACCGAUGCAGCAGCAGAUGCGGCAGCAGAUCUGUGUGAAAAGGCACUCAAGAAGGCAUACAAGACCCCGGGUAGUUACGUGCAAAUGAUUCCAUGGGUUGAUGAUGAUGACAUGAGGCAUAUAAUGGAUAUAUAUACCAAGUUAAGAUUAGUCACUGAUAAGAUGGAACUCUGGAGUCAGAUGUUCACUAGUACUGACGUGGUAGAUAUUGUGAAGGCCGUGAGUAGCAGGAGUGACAUAGUCGAAGUGGUCAUUGAUGGUGUUGAAGGACUUGGUGGACAAGCAGCUGCAUGGUCACUUGCAUUAAGAGAACUGAAAUGUCUAGAGCAAUUAGACAUUCGAAACUGCUCAUUAACAGGCACAGACAUUGAACACAUUGCUGCAUCACUGAGGAAAGUAGACAGAAGAGGCAAGACUAAGAACAAUUCAGGCAAGAGAAGGAAAGGCCGAAAUGUUGCCAAGAAAUCCUCAUCCAAAGAAGAAGCCAUCGAUAAAACAAGCAAAGGUGAUCAAACUGAAGAUAAGUUGGUCAACUCAAGGGAUUCCACCGUCUCCUCAUCAGCCAAGACCACUGCUAAGAGAAACAACCAAUCAAAAGGGAGAAAGAAGACAAGGAAACAAACAAUUGCUGACAAGAAACCAUCUUGUGAAGAGAAAAAAGAUUCCCAAAUUCAGCUGUUUUUGAUGAGUUCUUUGAGAUCACCUGUAUGUCUGCAACUGCAUCCGUCCACUACUAUCUCAGCAUUGAAAGGAUUACUACAAGACAAACUGGGGAUUGAACCAAAGAAACAACAUCUGUAUACGAGGAAAAACCACGAGCUCAAGGAUGGAAUGUCCCUCAAAGAACUUGGAAUUCAGCAAGACACCAACAUAGAGCUACGCUUAGUGUCUGGGUUGAUGGGCGGAGCUGAUGAUGAACAGAAAUCAGCAGGAGAUUCAAAUAAAAAAGCUACCAAGAGAAGGACCAGCCGUGGCAGUGAAGAAAAUGCAGAUAACUCAGAGGAUUCUUCAAUCUCCUCAGCAGUUAAGGCACCCGCUGGUUACCCAUCAGGGGAAACACAGGAACAGAAACUAGAACAGCCAAGAAAAGCCCAUUCCAGGAGAAGACAAAAGGGAAACAGAAAAGCUUCCAAGACGGGGAAACACCUUAGCGAUGAAGAAAACGUGGAUACCUCGGAGGAUUCCUCCAUCUUCUCAGCAGUUAAGGCACGUGCUGAUCACCCAUCAGGGGAAACACAAGAUCAAAAAAUCGAACAGCCAAGGAAAGACAAUGAUUCAGCGAGGAAACAAAAGAAAAACCAAAAAGCUACCGAGAGACGAACAAGCCGUUACAGUGAAGUAACCAUGGAUAAGGACUCUUCCAUCUGCUCAGCAGUAAAUACACCCGCAAUUCAACCAUCAGAAGAAACACAAGAACAUAAACCAAAACAGCCAAGGAAAGACAAUGAUUCAGGGAUGAGACAAAGGGGAAAAAGAAAAGCUACCAAAACAGGGACAGGCAGUGGGGGUAAAGACAGUACGGAUAAAUCAGAGGAUUCUUCCAUCACGUCACCAGUUGAGGUAGCCGCUGGUCAAUCAUCAGGGGAAACACAAGUUCAACAGAAACCAGAACAGCCAAGGAAAGACAACGAUUCAGGGAGGAGACAGAACGGAAAAAGAAAAGCUACCAAAACAACGACAAGCCUUGGCGGUGAAGAUAACUCUGAGGAUUCUUCCAUCGCCUCAGCAGUUAAGGCACCCACUGGUCACUCAUCAGGGCAAACACAAACACACAAACUAGAAAAGCUAAGGAAAGACAACAAUUCAGGGAGGAUACAAAACGGAGAAAGAAAAGCACCUAUUACAGGGACAAGCCAUGACGGUGAAGAAAAUGUAGGUAACUCGGAGGAUUCUGCCAUCUCCUCAACAGUUAAAGAACCCGCUGGCCACCAAUCAGGGGAAACAGAAGAACAGAGACUAGAACAGCCAAGGAAAGACAAUUCAGGGAGGAGACAAAAGGGAAAAAGAGAAGCUACUAAGACAAGGACAAUCCCAGUUGCUGAAGAGAACUCGGCGGGUUCUUCCAUCUCCUCUGCAGAUAAGGCGCCCGCUGGUCACCCAUCAGGUGAAAAAGAAGAAAAGAAACUACAACAGCCAAAAAAAGACUCCAAUUCUGAAAGGCUACAAAAGGGAAAAAGAAAAGCUUCCAAAACAAGGACUAGCCGUGGAAAAGAAGAAAACUCAGAUAGCUCGGCGGAUUCUUCCAUGUCCUCAGCAGUUAUUGAACCCACUGUCCACCCAUCAGGUGAGACACAACAACAGAAACUGAAACAGUCAAGGAAUGACAACUAUUCCGGGAGGAUACUAAAAGGGAAAAGAACAGCUGACAACAAAUCUCCACCUGAAGCAGAAACCAAUACGAAGAGCCUGGAUGAUACCGAGCAACAGAUCUUACAUGAUCCAGGAAAUUCCUGUUCAUCGGCAACCAUUGGCUACGCUAGCACCUCGCCAGAGACCGUUGCUGGGACAAGAAGGAAUAUAGAAAGACAAGAAAUGGCUGUCAGUGAAGCUGAACAUUCACAGGAAAAGACUGUUGCAAGCGAUAGACAGCAAGUUGACAUAGGAAGUUCCCCUGUCUCAGCAUCAGUCACUACCUCAUCAGGCAGCCGAUCAAAAGGAAGGAGGAGGACAAGAAGGAAACGGACAAAUCCUGAGAAGAAACAAGAGGAUGGAGAUUCUCAGGUCCUUGAUCUUGAAAGACUCCAGCCAGAGGAUCAGAAUGUUGCAGGUGUCAUGGAAUUGAACCUGCAACAAGGAAAGGGAAUUGCACUUAGAGACCAACAGAGACCAAAAGAUCAGAAAACUGAGGAAGCAGGCAAUCAGCAAGAGAUAUCAUCAUCCGAAACACAAGGAGUGGGCCAGGAGGAUUAUGGCCCAGACAGACUUAAAACAGAUGAUCUAAACAGACAUCAGAAACAUAGGCCUCAAAGUUCACAACUACAGACAAUGACAUCACCUGAGCACUCAAAACCGAGAUACAAGCAAGAUGAUGGUCCAGACACACUACCGCAAUUCAAAAAACAAGAAACAAAAUGUCAAAAGGUGAAACAAGAACUCGUCAAACAGAGCUGUCAGCAAGGACUAACAGUACCUGAGAGACGAGCAAUAAAGCAGGAACAGAUUAUUGAGACAGAAAGAGCUCAGCAGGAGCCAGGGGUCGGAGAGCGGGGCUUCCAGCAAGUGAGUGAAGCAUCACCUGGGAAACUCGGACAUGAGCUGAGUUCUCAACAAGAGAUAGAAACACGUGAGAAUCAGGGAAUUCAACAGACGCAAGCAAGUCAUCAUGCACAGCUUCCUCAGCAAGAUAAGUAUAAAGUGGCAGAAGUCAGCAAACAGAACACCCAACAAAGUACGUCGCCUGAGAAUCAGAGAAUGAGACAGGAGCGGGAUGAUGAUCCUUACGGGCCCGACCCAAAUAUACAGUCAACGAUAGGAGAACAGCGCCCUCAAGAAGAGGUGAUGACAUCUGCACAAGAAAAACCUCAACCUGAUCAACUUCACAAGGGCAAUUUGUCUGCAGAACAAAUGCAAGCAGUUCGAGAUCUAGUACCUUCAGCGGUUCAGCCAGCAAUGCAGCAUCCAUCUACUCUGUGUACUCCUACAUCUGAUUCCAUUCAACAAACUGUACAAACAGGGGACGUCAAUGUCCCUGGCAGCUGUAAUCCUGUGUUUUUAGGAUCGUCGUCUGGGCAUACAUUCCAUUACGAAUUCAACCAAAAUGUGACAGUUCAUCAGGAAGCUACGUCAGGAGCGAUGGGAAAUGAUCAGCGCCCUGUACAGUACAUCCAACCUGAGGUAAACAGUCAAUCAGUACAAACAAGUCAAGAUACUAGUACAGCCACCGAUGCAGCAGCAGAUGCGGCAGCGGAUCUGUGCGAAGAGGCACUUAAAAAGGUGUACAAGACCACAGGCAGUUACGUGCAAAUGAUUCCCUGGGUUGAUGAUGACAUGAUGCAUAUCAUGAAAAUUUACACAAAUUUACGAUUAGUUAGUGAUGAUGAUAAUGAGGAACUGGAUGAUGAUGAUGAUGAUGAUAAAGAUGAAGGUGGUGAUCAAUCAGGACAGAGGCUGAAUAAAGAAAGGGCAAAGGAGGUGACAUAUCAGGAGUCUUUCCUUGUUCAAAACGAAGAAGGUUUUGUUAUCAAUCGUUUAAUUUAUGAGGGAUUGGCUGGUCUGGGGAAAACAACCCUGAUUGGGAAAAUUGCUUACGACUGGGCAAGUGGCUUAUCUGGCCCUUUGGCGAAAUAUAAGCUUGUUUUUGUUCUGAGAAUGAGUGCACUGGAACAAACUGCAGAUCUGAUUGACUCUUUAUAUGAGCAGCUCGUCGAUCCAAACAUAAUCGACAAAAAACACCUGAAAACCUUUAUUUUCAAGAAUCCUAAAAAGGUGCUCAUUCUUCUGGAUGGUUUUGAUGAGUUGAUGACCACCAAACUUGAUAGUAAAUCAUUCAGAUCCAUCCUGCAAAUUCUAAACCGAAAGGUUGGAGCAGACAUUGAUGUAGUUAUAACAACCCGCACCUCUCAUUAUGGCACAUUGGUCUGUAGAUCACCGGUCAGCAAACCACCGGUUGGAAAACCUUUUACCCAUGUGAAGGUGUUGGGGUUCUCUGAGGAAGAUAUUAAAAAUUACUUGGGAAAGUUUUUUUCUAAAAGCCCUCAUGAUGCUCACUCUCUUUUCCAAACCAUUCAAUCAUCAUCUGUCCUACUUGAUUUAGCCUGCAGCCCAAUGCUGAUUCUAUUAAUGUGUUUGUUAUGGAGACAACAUUCGACACUACCGGACACAAUGUCACGCUUAUAUGACCAGGCUAUUCGUUAUAUAUUCAAGAGAAAAGAUAUACCGGAGGAGGAAAUACCAGAGAUACUUGUUGCCAUUGGAGAGAUUGCUUUCAAUGGCCUGGUAUCUCCAGUGCAGCGACUUUCAUUUCAAGAAAGAGACUUUGAGAAAAACGUGCUUGAUAAAGCUUUGAAGGCUGGCAUCCUUACAAGCCAGAGGGUCUUAAGAGGGUUGGACACACUUAACAACAUACAGUUUAUCCACAAAACAUUUCAGGAGUUCUCUGCUGCGUUUUACCUGCAAAGUCUACAAAAAUCAGACGCUGAUGAAUUUCAAAAGAAUCUUGAUAAACUUGAUGGCGAGCAGUUUCACUAUCUACUGCGCUUUUGUUGUGGCGACAAUGAAGCAUGCACUAUUAAAGUCCUGCAGAUGUUGCAGAAGAGGAUCUAUCGUUGGCGUACAUGUAUUCAAAAUGAGAGUAUGUAUACUGAGAGUAUCAGUGAUGAGAGUAUCAGUGAUGAUAGUAUCAGUCAUCAGAUUAUUUGUAAUCAGUAUUUCAUCAGUGAUGACAGUGAUGACCGUUCAUGGAACAUGGCUUUGAAUUGUUACUUUGAGAGUCAGGCAGAAAAUAUGUUGUCAGAGGCAUUCAUACAUUUAGUCAUAAGGGAAACAAUGAACAUGGAUCAUUUUGAAAGCCGUGAUGAUGUGAAUUCCUUUGUAUGGCUUCUCAAACAUGUUGCUAAUCAGAGAAAGUACACAGGCAACGCAUACCUUGAUAUAGUUAAGAAAUUAUACUUUAGUCGCCAUAGCUUGGAAAUGUGUAGUAAAGAUCUGGCAGUAGUCAUUGGCAACAUGCCUAAGAUUUCUGUUGUCAACAUGCAGCGAUGCUCUUUAUCGUCUGACAUUAUGACAGACAUUGCAUCAUUGUUGGGGAAGGCUGACAAGCUGUCUGAAAUUGACCUUUCGGACAAUGAAGCUUUAAGUGGUUCACUGCAUUCAUGGAUGCCGCAGUUAAAUAAGACACAUAUACAGAAAUUAAGGCUAGGUAACUGUUCUCUGACAGUUGAUGACGCAAAGCAAAUUGCUCUAUCAUUAAGUGAUAUGCCAAACUUGCUAGAACUAAAUUCGAAAAAUAUAUCGAUAAAUAUAGAUGUAGGAUAUCGUAUUAGGCUGCACCUAAGGAAGCUUCCAUUAAAUGGUACAGUAAUAAAGUUCAUCUUGAAGGCAUUGGUUAACAAAACAGACUUGGUUGAAUUGUACAUGACAGAAAUUGAGGGACUGCAAGGCACAGCAGCAUUAUGGACUUCUCAGUUUAAGGAACUAAAGCACCUACACGAGUUGAUUUUUGACCGUUGUAAUUCAGAAAUAGAAGAUGUAAAGUGCAUUGCCGCAUUAGUUGGUUGUAUGUCAAAGCUUGUCCACUGUACUGUCGAUAAUGUGUUAAAAGUGUCACCAUGUGACUCACCAUGGGAUACGGGUUUGAAGAUAGAACUCUCGAGUGGGAUGUUCACUGGUACUGACGCGAAGGAUAUUGUGUUGGCCAUGAGUAGCAGGAGUGACAUAGUCAAAGUGGUCAUUGAUUGUGUUCCAGGACUUGGUGGUACAGCAGCUGAAUGGUCACCUGCAUUACAGGAACUAAAAUGCCUGGAGGAACUAGACUUAAUAAACUGCUCAUUAAUUAGCACAGACAUUGAACACAUUGCUACAUCACUGAGAAGCACGCCCACCCUAGUAAAACUUGAUCUAUCUGGAAACAGAUCUCUGGCUGGCUCGGGUGUAUCUCUGUCCAUAUUACAGCAGCUGACACAGCUUCAAGAGCUGACACUACGCUUUUGUGAUUUAGAAGUAGAGGAUGUAAUAUGUAUUGCUGAUGUAGUUAGCUGUAUGCCAAAUCUUGCGUAUUGCAUUGUAUGCGAUGAUUCAUGCUUUGCGGUAGAUAAAAUCAGAACUGGCAUAAGACUUCGUCUCUCAUCGUCAAGUAAACUUCAAGGUCCUGAUGUAGCAAAUAUGGUAAGAGCAAUAAGAAAUAGACGUGACUUGAUCGAAGUGACAAUUGAACAUAUAGAUUGCCUUGGUGGCAAAGCAGCUUCCUGGUCGCCUGCAUUGCAGGAGCUAAAACAUCUUCAGCAAUUGGAGUUAAAAAGCUGCUCAUUAAUAAGCACAGAUAUUGAACACAUUUCUGCAUCAUUGAGUGGUACACCCACUCUGGUAAAACUGGAGGUGUCUGGAAAUUCCCUGGCUGGCUCAGGUAUGUCUUUUUCUAAAUUACAGAAGCUGACACAACUAAAGGAGCUGAUCAUACAUCACUGUGAUCUAAAAGUAGAGGAUGUGAUAAGUAUCGCUACCCUAGUUGGUUGUAUGCCAACGCUCAUCCACUGUACUGUCAAUGAUGUGUUUAGAGUCUCAUCGUAUGGUACCGGUUUGGAGAUAUGGCUUUUUAAUUAUAGUCAGAUGUUCACUGGUACCGACGUGGCAGAUAUUGUGAAGGUCAUAAGUAGCAGGAGUGACAUAGUUGAAGUGGUUAUUGAUAAUGUUAAAGGACUAAGUGGUACAGCAGCUGAAUGGUCACCUGCAUUACGAGAACUGAAAUGUCUAGAACGAUUAGACAUACGAAGCUGUUCAUUAAUAGGCACAGACAUUGAACAGAUUGCUGCAUCAUUGAGUAGCACGUCUACUCUAGUUAAAUUGAAUGUAUCUGGAAACCCCCUGGCUGGUUCGGGCGUUUUAUUGUAUAAGUUACAGCAGCUGACACAGCUUAAGACGCUGACACUAGAACACACUGGUUUAGAAGUACAGGAUGCGAUGUGUAUUGCUGCUGUGGUAGGAUGUAUGCCAAAUCUUGUGAACUGCCAUGUGGAUUAUGGUUUAUGCUUUGAAGUAGAUAAAAUCAGAACUGGCAUAAGACUGCAUCUCUCAUCAGGUAUAUUUCGAGGUCCUGAUGUAGCAAAUUUUCUAAGGGCAAUAGGAAGUAGAAGUGACUUAGUUGAAGUGACCAUUGAAUGUAUUCGUAACCUCAGAGGCAAAGCAGUUAACUUGUCACCUGCAUUGCAGGAACUAAAACAUCUUCAGCGAUUGGAGUUCAAGAGCUGCUUUUUAAAAGUUGAAGAUAUUAAACACAUUAUUUUAUCACUGACUGGUAUACCGACUUUGGUUGAACUGCAUCUGGCUAGAAACAGUUCCCUGGCUGGCUCGGGCGUGUCAUUGUCUAAGUUACAGCAGCUGACACAACUGAAGACGUUGAUACUAGAUUACUGUGGUUUACAAGUAGAGGAUGUGAUAUGUAUUGCUGCUCUAGUUGGUUGUAUGCCAAAUGUUGUGCACUGCCAUGUGCUUGAUGGUUUACGCCUUGAGGUAGUUGAUAUCAGAAAUGGCAUAAGACUGCAUCUCUCUUCAAAUAAAUUUCGCGGUAGUGAUGUGGCAAAUAUUUUGAGGGCAAUAGGAAGUAGAAACGACUUGUUUGAAUUGACUAUUGACAAUAUUGACGACCUCAGUGGCAAAGCGGUUAACUGGUCACCUGCAUUGCAGGAACUGAAACAUCUCAAGCGAUUUGAAUUACGAAACUGCUCUUUAAUAGAUGAAGAUAUUAAAUACUUUCUUGCAUCACUUAAAAACAUACCAACUUUGAUUGAACUUGAUCUUUCUGGAAAUAAAGACCUGGCUGGCUCUGAUGCAUGGUCCCACUUAAAGCACCUGAAACAUCUUAAACAGCUGGCUUUAGAGGAGUGUUCUUUGGGUUUUGCAGACAUUGAUCACAUUGCUACAUCACUGAGUAGCAUUCCCACUCUGGUUAAAUUGAAUGUGUCUGGGAAUCCCCUGGCUGGCUCAAGUGUGUCAUUAUCUACGUUAAAGCAGCUGACACGACUCAAGAUGCUGACAGUAGAUGGAUGUGGUUUAGAAGUAGAGGAUGCGAUAUGUAUUGCUGCUGUUGUUGGCUUUGUGCCAAGUCUUGUGUAUUGCAGUGCAUGUGAUGGUUUAUGCUUUGAAAUAGUUAAAAUCAGAAAUGGCAUAAGACUGCAACUCUCUUCAAGUAAAUUUCGAGGUCCUGAUGUGGCAAAUAUUUUAAAAGCAAUAGCAAGUAGAAGUGACUUAGUUGAAGUAACCAUCGACGAGCUGUAUGACCUGGUUGACGUGGCUAUUGGAUUCUCUGAUCUUUGUGCUGUAGUUGUACUGUGA